AUGUCCUCGCACACAAUUGAGGACCUGACAAAUAGUAUCUUAGACUUCCAGGGUAAUAUGGUACGAGUCGCCUUCUUCAAGAAGACAAGACGUGUUCUCGUCAGCGGGCAUUUCAAUGGCGAGGAGGAUGGGUACGAUAACGGAUAUGCAGGAGAUGGUGAACAAGAAGCUAUGUUGGAGUAUAUAUGGAGCUGUGCCAAACUGGAACAGGACGAUGGAUCAAGAUCGCCCACUACCUACUUGAACGGAUAUGGGGAGCCGAGUGCCAAAGCACGCGGCAAGGGAAGCACUCGUGACAUUGUUAAAUGGAGAAAACUAGGCUUUGAAACAGAAGAUAUGAGACGAGCAUUCGAAGACACUGGAAUGUUGGGCUUGGAAUGCUUGAGCGAAGAUGUCCUAUCGCAAAGGCUUCAAACGAAGUUGUCGAAAUUCUUUCAGAGCACUGGAGCAUUUUUGCUCCUGGAUGUGAGUCUAAAACUCUGUGAUAGUAGGACUUAUCAAGUGACACGUACUUUCAUAGAUUCAACGUCAACAAGCUUCCAGCCGUUCUUCCUCAGCUUCCAUCGUGUCCAUGCCCUUGCACUGCAAUUUUUCCUGCGAAUGUGGAAUGAAAGUGGAGCCACCUCUACGGACUUCUCAAGAUUUGCUUUGAGGAAUGAGGCGGAGAGACCAUGGCACGAAGUUGAAGCAGACUUCUUGGAGAGUGAAUAUCGUGCCGUGAGGGAUCGACAAAUGAAAGAGCUUGAAUUGGAAGAUGACCUUCUGACGAAAGUCCCUGUUCGUAAUCUACGGGCGAAAUUAUACAAGGAGUCCUAUGAAUUUAUUCGACAGCAAAGGAUACAAUGCCUCAUUCAGGGUGCCUGGUUUGUGAAUGGCAUCCCCCUCUCACCAACCCCUGGAAUGGCGCAGAAACGACAAACACGUCCAUGGAG